AUGUUCUGUAGCAGAAAUAGCAAGUGUGAGCAGCAUAGCCUCCCAGAUUUGUAUUCUUCAGGUUCAAAAUGGGUAUAUGAGUUAUUCUUCACUGGUCACAAUCAGAUACCUCAAUCAUAUCCUUUGACGAAGCCAACUCAAUCCUCAACUGAGGUCAGUCGACCAGCUUCUAUUUCUGAGGUGCCAGUAUCGACGUCGCCAACAAACAUGGGACUAUCAUCUUCGUCAGUGCAAAAUAAAACAUUGUCAACUGGUGCUGCUGCAGGAAUUGGUGUCGGGGCCACGGUUGGAGGGCUCGGGAUACUCGCUCUUCUGGCCUUCUUUUGUAUGCGAUACCGAAGAAGGGGUGAGCAGCUAAAACAUUUGUCCUCACUUGCUACAAACAGUUAUUCCUCGCCAACAAGGUCAUCAGUGCCGAAAUUUGCGUAUCCCGAAGUAUCAAAUACGUUACCCGUCUACAGCGCGGAGAUGAAUACUCAACCUGAAAAUCAUGUCAGUGAGGCGGAUGGUAGGAUCUUACAACAAGGCGGGUAG